CUUUUGGGAGAGGAGAGUAAGGAAAGGAAAGCUGUUUGGGUGGAUGAGGAGGAGGAAAAAACCACAAUAAACAUAGCUAAGGUUAAUAGGUUGAGAAAGUUGAGGAAGGAAGAGGAUGAGAGUGUGAUUUCUGGUUCAGAGUAUAUUUCUAGACUCCGGGCUCAGAAUGCUAAGUGGAACCCAGGGACAGAAUGGGCAGAGCUGGAUCCAGGGUUAAGGAACUGUACUAUUUAUGAUGAUGAAUCAUCAGAUGAAGAAGGGGGUGUUGUAGCUGCUCAUGGUUAUAGAAAUGUCAAAGCUGAUGAUGAUAUUCUGAGAACAAAUGAGGAUCUUGUGGUGAAGAGUAGUGUUAAACUGUUGCCAGGGCUUCUUGAGUAUUCAAGACUAGUGGAUGCAAAUGCUGAGGAACCUGCUAAUGGUCCAAUAAAUUCCGUUCAGUUCCAUAGGAAUGCUCAGUUACUAUUUGCUGCUGGAUUGGAUAGGAGGAUCAGGUUUUUUCAGAUUGAUGGUAAACGGAAUACCAAAAUACAAAGCCUCUUUCUUGCAGAUUGUCCUGUUCGAAAGGCAUCUUUCUUACCUGAUGGUUCUCAGGUCAUUAUAGUAGGGAGGAGGAAGUUCCUCUAUUGUUUUGAUUUAGUGAAAGCAAAAAUUGAUAAAAUAGGGCCUUUGGUUGGUAGGGAGGAAAAAAGCUUGGAAGUUUUUGAGGUUUCCCCGAAUUCUAGUACGAUUGCUUUUUUGGGAAAUGAAGGUUAUAUCUUGUUGGUUUCAACCAAAACAAAGGCACUGAUCGGAACACUGAAGAUGAAUGGAACUGUCCGUUCUCUAGCUUUUGCUGAUGAUGAGAAGCAAUUAUUGAGCUCUGGUGGGGAUGGAUAGGUCUACCAUUGGGACUUGAGAACAAGAACUUGCUUCCAUAAGGCUGUGGAUGAAGGCUGCAUCAAUGGUACAGCUCUUUGCACAUCACUGACUGGAAGAAUGUUUGCAGCUGGUUCAGACAGUGGGAUAGUGAACAUUUACAACAGAGAUGAAUUCUUGGGAGGUAAAAGAAAACCAAUCAAGACUGUUGAGAAUCUAACCACCGAAGUUGAUUUUAUGAAGUUUAAUAGUGAUGCUCAAAUACUAGCUAUCUGUUCUACCUUGAAGAAAAACAGUUUGAAGCUGAUACAUGUCCCAUCGUUUACUGUAUACUCGAAUUGGCCUCCACCGAAUGUGAACUUACAUUAUCCCCGCUGCUUGGAUUUCAGUCCUGGUGGUGGUUUCGUGGCUGUUGGGAAUGCUGCUGGCAAAGUGCUACUAUACAAGUUGCAUCAUUACAGUCAUGCACAGAGUGCUUGUUUGAAGCAUCAUGUAUUUGUGUGUGGGAGUUCAGCUGCCAUCUAGUUUCACCCCUAGCCAUCAGCAGAUGAACAAUGCCUUAAAAUUUUUUCUGUCCUUUCCUUUUGACUAACUAAAAACAUUCUCAAAGAGACAAAAUUUUUUAUUCAAUAGCUUCAACCUAGUUCUUAUAGUGUACGAGCUCAUUGGUUGUUGUAACUUCACUUAAUGAUAGCUUUAGCUUCUUUACAUUAUUAAAGA